AUGAGUCUCCCCCCGGGGAAAGGCAACCCGAAGGGUAAGGAAGCCGCGCAGAGCAGAUAUCCAAGGGUGAACAAAGAAUGUCCAAGUAUCCGUUCAGGCAAAAUGAGAAGCAGAAAAGUAUUAACGUGGAACAAAUUGAAUGGACCACCAAACAGCGCAAAGACAAAUUAUAAGAAGAUGGACGAAGGGAAUGCGGCUCAUGGAAACGGCGCUGCAGCACAAAGUACAGGCUACUGGAAUGAGGGGAAAAAUGUGUGCCUUCCCAGACGCACGGGAGCUGCCUCGGUAUUGUAUAAAAACCACGUAUACAUAUUUGGGGGGUACAAAUCGGAAAGGAGGCUCAACGAUUUUUACAAAUACAAUAUUGCCGAAAAUGAGUGGAUCAAAAUAGAGUCCCUAAAUGGACCAUCGAAGAGGGAAAAUAAUCCUGCCUUUUUAUUUAAAGAUAAAAUGUAUAUUCUGGGAGGAUACCAAGGAAAUGAAAUUUGGUUGAAUGAUUUUUAUGUGUACGAUUUGAGGAGAGAAAAGUGGCAAAUUGUUAAUGUGAAGAAGGAGAGCAUGAGGUUUGCCCCGCCAUCGUUAUUUGGCUUCGCCCUAUCUGUGGAUGAGCGAAAAGGGAGAGUCUAUCUAUUCGGAGGGUACGAUGGCAAAUCGGUACAUAACAAAAUGUAUGCAUUCGAUUUGGAGGAAGAGAAAUGGAUUCAGACAAAGCAGAGUGGAGAGAUCCCUAGUCCAAGAUCCUGUGCCAUUGGACAUAUCUGCGACGGUUAUUUCUACAUUUUUGGCGGAUACAAUGGAGAAUACGGAUUAGACAUCUUCUAUCAGUAUCAUCUGGAGACAGGCAUCUGGACGGAGAUGAAGUAUAACAUGAUUGAGGGGGAGGAAGAAGAAGAUGAACAAGAAGAGGAGGAUCAGUCUGGAACCUCCGUAGAGGGAGAAGACCAAAUUGAGGAGAUCCACCUGUCGGGGGAUUCGCGAGUGGGAAGAAUUUCACCUCAAAGAAGAAAAAAUCAGACGCAAGUAUCCCCUCACGAUAGAGGAAUCCCCGUGGCCAGAUACUUUAUGGGCUCAUUUAUACAUAAGAAAUGUAUAUACAUCCUGGGAGGGUAUAAUGGCCUCAGAUGUGAAAGGCUGAAUGAUCUAUACAAAUUUGAUCUGCACGAAAGAAUCUGGUUUAAAAUACACACGUGUAACAAUUUCACCAACCGAAGCAGCAUGAAUACUCAUUUUUAUAAAAACGUCAUCUACUGCAUUGCAGGAUUUGAUGGGAACAAUUCGCUCAGCGAUGUGUACGCUUUGAAAUUGGAAGACGUGCACAUCGAACCGUCUUCCCUCCUCCAGUACUACAGAAUGAUGGUAAAUAAUUACCGAUACGCAGACGUUAUUUUUCUGGUGCAGAAUAAGUACAUCUAUGGCUGUUCUUCCAUUUUGCUCUCCAGGUGUCCAGCCUUUAAGACACUCCUCAAUUUGUGCACAUCCACUAGUGCAUCAUCGAGCGAAAUGGCUUCCACACAAGGGGAGAAACACUACUACAGAGCAAAGAACCUCCCACCAGUGAGCGAUGGAACAGCAAAAGAGGAGAAAAUAAAAAACCUCAGGGUCAUCCCAAUUCAUGAUAUCGAUUAUGACAUCUUCCUAAUAAUUGUAAAUUAUCUCUACAUAGAUGAGCUCUCUAUGUUUUACUCCCUUGACACUUAUGUUCUUAUCAUCUUGGCUGCCUACAGGUAUAGCAUUUUCAGACUAAUGCAGUUGUGUGAGCGCGCCAUCAGUCACCAUAUAAACGAGUCCAACGUUAUGGACAUCCUCAUUUUGAGUUACAGAACCUGCUGUAAGCAGCUAUGCACAGCUUGCAUCGAUUUUAUAAUUAACAAUAAACUGCUGGACGAGGCAAAAAUUAACCGCCUCACGUUGGAACCCUAUUUACUGGGCGAGAUUUACAAAAAAUGGAUCUUCAACUGA